UCUGUCAAAGGCAAAGUAGUUACUGAUGCUUUUCUCUUGAUCAAUCCUCAAAUGCUUAUGCUAGGUCAAGAGCCACGUCAAACCACUCCCAAUAUUGGACAUCUUAAUAAACCAAGCUUUGAUCCAUUAUUAUUGCUAUUAAUUAUCGAAAGUAUGGAAAUGUUGCUCAAUUUGCACAAAAUAAUUUGGACCCAUGGAUUGACGCUGCCAAACUUUACGGAAGACACCGAGAUCAAUGGAAAGAGUGUCAAUCUUACAUUGGCGGAAUCUUAUAAUAAAUCGGUACAAGAGGAAUCAACCAUAACACUAGAACAAUUGAAAACUCGAUAUGUUGGAAAACAGGAUCCAAAGCGUCAUUUAGAGGAAAGUGUAGAAGACGUUAUGUCCAAAAAUAUU